AUGGCACACCGGCACACGUACACGUACGGCGCGGUCGACGUCGACGACAGCCUGCUGCCGUCGCCGCCGCCCGAGGCGGAGACGGACGCGCUCCUCGCCCCCUCGGAGCACGCGCACGCCCCGCACAGCGGAGACAUUGAGGCCGAUGCGUGGGCGGCGGGGAAGCGCGCCGCGCACGUCCGCGCGGCGUGGGCCGACUGGCUCAACGAGGACCUCGGCCCACCGGACAUGGUCUACUCGAACCUCGUCAUCACGCUCAGCACGUCCAUGCUCGACGCAGUCAUGUUUACCCUCUUCGGAACGUUCACAACCAACCAGACGGGCAACACGGUGUUCCUUACCCUCGCCGCCCUGCACAGGGGGAGCAAGAAGCUGAUCCUGACGGCCACCGCGCUGGGGGGGUUCUUUGGCGCCGGGCUCCUGUUUGGCCAGCUCGGAGCGUACUUUGGCCAUAGACGCCGCGUGUGGGUCCUCACGACCAUGACCUACCAGGUCGUCGUGCUCGCCGCCUUCUGCUUCCUCGUGUCCCCGCUCGCGCCAGAGGCGUACACCCCGGAAGGGGUACACGCGUGGGUCCCAAUGCUGCUGUCUGCCAUCCAGGGCGGGCCGCAGGUAGUCAUGGCAACAAACCUCGGCGUCCCCGAAAUGCCAACGGCGAUGGUCACUUCCGCGUAUGCCGGCCUGAUCUCGGACACGUUCUUGUUUAGCCACACGGCGCAGGUGCCGCGCGACAGGCGGAUAGUCUACUUGACCAUCUUCUGGAUCGGCGCCUUCCUCGGCCUCGGCGCGGAGCAGUUCAUCUCGGCGUGGUUCGCCAGCUCGCUCGCGUGCUUGUUCAAGGCCAUUGCGCUCAUCAUGAUUUGGCGUUCGCGCUCUGCCGAGGAGACGCGCGGACGGCACUGGUAG